GAUAGAUCUUAAGUGAAUACAUUUAAUUGAAUUGAUAUAGAUCUGUAGCAUUUUAUGAAAUGUGCUGCAUAUUUCAUCAUUACACAAGUACUUUCUGUUAUAAAACAGGAAAAUUACUCAUUACAUUAGCAUAGCUUUGUUUUUAAAGUUGAAUAAAUUUUGCAUAUAGUGCAAGAACAUGGAUACAUUUCCUACGCAAAGGUACGAACCAAAGAUUGAAAGUUUUGAUACAUGCAUGAUUGAUGCUACAAAUCAACAGCGAGAGAUAUCUCAAGCAGUAAGCAGACAAGUAUCCUCUCAAGCAAUUGAAGUUGAAAAUCAAGAAAAUCAUGAGACUUCAAAUUUACAUCAACAUCAACAACAACAACAACAACAGCAGCAGCAGCAGCAGCAGCAGCAGCAGCAAAAUCAACAGGAUCAGCCUAAUGAAAUGACACAGAUACAAUCAAAUACUCAACAAAUAAUUAGAGUAGAAGAUACUAAUGUAACAGUCCGUUGUUUACAGUGCCAAAAGCACUUAAAUGGAAAUUUAAAAUCUACAGGAAACUUUCUAAGUCAUAUUAAAAGAGUACAUCCUUUUAUGGUUGAGAAAAUUAAAUGUAAGUCAAAUCAAAGAAAACCUGCCAUGGUAUACAUUGAUUUAUCAGCUGCUAAAUAUCCAAAAAUAGUAAGAACAAAAAGAGGAUAUAGGAAAUGUUAUAAGACAGACGAAUGUCAACUAGGAAAUGAAGAAACAUUUGAUCAGUCUAAUGAAUGGACUGAAUCUCCAUUAAAUCAUAAACAUAAGUCAGACAUUGAAUCUCCUGAUCUCUUGAAAAUAUCACAUAAUAAUUCAUUUGUAGUGGAAGAUGAAUUUGAUGCAAUUGGACGAAAUGUUGCUGCAAAACUUAGAAAUAUGAGAUUAGACCAAAGAAUUAUAGCUGAAAAGUUAUUAAAUGAUAUCUUGUUUGAAGCACAAUUAGGAAAUCUUCAUAGAGAUUCUAAUAUACAUGUGUGAGAAUUACAUUCUCUUAACUAAAGAAGACAUAUGUGUGUAAGUAAGCAAUGUGAAUAUAACUGAAUAGGUGUAUGAUAAGGCUCAUGUUAUUUACCAAAUCAAAUUUAUUAAUACAUCUCUAUUAAUGAUAUUAUAUCAC